AUCGGCAAAAGUGGAUCUACCGGUCACCAAUACCUGUUCCACUUCGAUAGCAACAGUGUGAUCUGAACUCUGUCACAACCCAUUGUGUAGUCAUCAGUAGGUAUACAGCGCUCACUACAAAAGAACGUUACUCGAAAUGAUCUUUUAUUACACGCUGUUCCUUUUGAUCGCUUUCGUAGUUCAGACGGUCAAAUCUCAACGAUUGGAAAAUUUUGAAGGAUCACAUGUAGCCCUAAUUGGAUGGACGAAUUCCCAAGAUGGAACCGUGAAAUUUGAUUGCUCCGGUUCGUAUUUGGGCAGAAACGUGAUCAUGACUGGAGCACGCUGUCUUGAGCGCAAUGGAACACGUGCAGAUGUCGUUCGACUUGGCGAAGCCAUUGGUUUCCCGCGCGAUUUCCGAAUUGACAACAUAUCAGUUCAUUAUCGAUAUCAGGCGGAAUAUUACUAUCACAACAUGGCGAUAAUCUUUCUUACGGAAAACCCACAAACGGUAUCGAAAUGGCUUAAACCGGCGUGUAUAUAUUCAGUUGAACCACCGUUGAAUAUCAGUGUCGAUCUUGUUGGAAGAGAUUCGAGUGGUUUAUUCCAAAAAACUCCCCUAGAACUUGUUGGUUCGGACAAAUGUCACGAAUAUUACACACCUACGAAAAAGUUCAAAUAUGGCGCUCUGCUUGUUUGCUGCAUGUGUGCUCGUAACGCAGCUACGCAUAAAUGCGCGAGUGAGCUAUCAUCACCUAUGCAGGUAAUUCUGGUAAAAAACGGUAAGCGAGUGCCUUUCUUGGUAGGACAGAAAACAAUUGGAAAAUCGUGUGGAUCAAAAACGCCGGGAAUAUACACACGGUUAAGCUCGGAUGGACAUUUACCGUGGAUCACGACAAUCGCUGAAAUGGACUUUAAGGAUCAUGACGCUUGCAUCGAACGAUACUAAAACAGGAAAUCUGCUAUGCUAUGUCAUUUUUGGACAUAAGUAUUAUCAGGAGCAACUGUACUAAUCAAAUCUUUUGGUAAUACUAAAUUUAUAUAACAGGGAAGGAAACAAGGUGAGAUAUUUCUUUCUAAUUCGUGUAGGGAGACUUUCGGCUUGGGUCUAUAAAAUAUAUUUAUUCUAGAGUGUACGUUAAA